CUACUUCCUCCUGUCCUCGUCCAUCGAGACAUGAUCCGUCAGAAGACGCUGAGCAUAUAGCAUGAAGAGAGUCAAGUGAAACUCUUUCUUACCACUGAACACCUCCUCGUACCAACUUUUACGCCAUUCACGACCUCUUCAACGCUCUAUGACGAGCCUUUCCACUCCUACUCCACUAUCUGGACAACAUCAACAUCCAUUCAAAACAUCUUCUCCUCGCCGUCAGUUAUUCAUACCCUCCCCUCAGUCGUCUCCCAAUCCCUUCUCAUCACCUCUUCCAACUCUCACCUCCGCCCGUCCGCCUCUCAUCUGCAUCCCACCCCAGUUCCCAUCUCCUCCACGAGUCCUCCAUAAGUCACCUUCGACAUCGAAACUUUAUCAUCACAACAGAUCCUCAACAUUCAUGUCCGACGCGACACGACAUCGAUCGCCUCCUGGCGCUUCCGCAUCACCCGAUGUAUCCUAUCAUCCUCUUCAACCUUUUCUACCCCAUCCCUCAUCCCCAUUCCGGAUCGAUCGACUCCGUCUUCGCAAACAUUCCAAUGGUCCGCCAUUAAGUGCGUCGCGUAUCUCUCCACCAUCAUCUACCAUUCGAUUAUCUUGUAAUCCUACACAGGCGUCUGCUCAACUGGGUUUCAAUUCUGGGUAUCCCGUCACUCCGCCGGACCUGCCGAGUAUCCACGGAGUGUUUGACAAGUUCCAUACGGUCCAACAGAAGGGUCAAAAUGAUCAUCUAGGCCCGAGUCGCAGAGUAACCAUGGCGAGAAAACCACCUCCACCUAUCGAUACAUCAGGAUCAUCAAUGAUUGAUCGGCAUAAUACACUGAGUAAAAAAGGACGCAGAGACACGCUUCAACUUCCCAUGAUGGGUCUAUCGACACCGACGCAAAGAUCAGCGGGGGCGAUAGCUUUUGACAAGCAAAGACAAUGGUCUUCCCCUCAGGCGGAUAUCAACGACUUGUCUGACUGGGACGUGUUGUCGGAUCAAUCUAUUCUUCAAGCUCGAUCCGCGACGACGCCUUCGUCGUCGUCUCACUCAUCUCAAGAUCCUACGAAGCGGCGAAGAAACGACGGUCCAUCACCUGUGCCAACAACCCUCACUAAAUCCACAGACUGGCUCGAUUCAGAAGCUCCCAGUGCCGCCCCUGCCUUAGGACAGCCUCCCUUGGGGUAUGCUCCUAACGAGAUGAACCUUCGCGCCAUCGAGGUCCUUGAACACUUCUCUGGGCAUCUCCUCAGCGACGGAUGGGGAGACGAGCUUGACGAAUAUAAUCCCCCGAGACGUUCAUCGCGUCACUACUCUCGCCAAGACCCAAAGUCUGCUCCGGCUGUACCUGCUAAAUCGAAUCUGAGGAAUCAGCAGCAAUCGCCUCCAUCACGUACCGCUCCGCCUCUACCGCCCACACCAUCAUACGCGAUGAGCUCAGGUCUCGAAUCCGAAGACUGGGAUGCGGACUCCAUUCAGAGUCACGGAGGACGACGAGAUGAACACGACGCGGCGAGCGUGAGAUCCUGGCGAGAAGCGAGGAAAAAGUCAAAGCCUCCGACGUUGAGGCCAUUGUCUGAGCAACCUCCAAUUGGGUCGAAUUCGAUUCAGCCGGGCAGUAUCUCAUCACAUCAUCGGAUCGAACGCGCUACAUCUUCUCACCGCCUCAUUAGCCCGAACACGCCACCUCGGUCAACUAGUUUGACGCCUGGGCUCAAGCUCACGAGACCGAGUGUGGAGUCGCGAGACAUGCCCUACGCCUUCUAUAACAUCCAGGAGCAAGAAGAACCGACCAAGGGAGGGAUGAGACGUGUCAGCUCGGCACUCAGUCGUAAAAGCUCAGAUGAGAAGAAGAAAUCUAGGAUCAAGGUACCUUUGCUGUUGGACUUCACUCACGGUUCCGAUGCACGGUCUCCUGCGAGUCCUCCUAGCUCUCCCGUGCCAUUUCAACAUCGUCCUUUGCCGCCUCUACCAGGGUCAUCUUCUCGCAGUUCCAUGCUCCCUUCUCGAUCGAGUUCGUCUGGCCCCUCUGCCCUCUUGCAACUCAGGUUCCAACGGGAACUCCUCAGACCCAAGAGACCCAGUACAUCAUCACAGUCUCAAGAGAUUGUUGAGUCUCACGAUGUUGAUCCUCUGUCUUCACGUCCUCAAAUACGCAAGCUGUCAGCGAGAGAUGAACCUCGACCCGGUGCACCGCUAUCUCCACGGAUGGAUACGGCGGACAAGCAAGACCGUCGGAGAGGUAUGACUGCGUUAUCUUUUCUCGCGAUGGAAGAAAUGUUCGGACCGGACGAGCCUAUUCCACUUGACCGUCAUGCUCCUGGGCCUGUUGUGGUGGAACACAUCUUGCCACCCGGUCAGCUGAGCAAGAUUGUUCCCGAGACGAGCGAUCGACGAGAUAGUUGGUCAUCUUCAUCGACUUCUACGACAUCAUUGUCGAACGACAAUGAGGCACGAUCCGAUGCAGAUGAUUCACGUCUCAACGCUCAACCACAUUCACGCCCUAUCGCCGAUCGCACUGUACGGAAAUCGGCUUCGAUGGACAGAGCGAAAUCCAAGUCUAAAAGGACAAAGACGGAUAAUAGAAAAUCUAUGGGUCAGACCAGUAUCAACAUGUCCAUGUCUUCUCCAGCUAUCAAAUCACCAUUUUCGACUCUGAACCCUUUCGACUCGGAGGAAGACAAGCUACCUACUCGGUCGACCGCCUUGCCGCCUCCUCCAAGACCUCGACAUAGCUACGCGGCGCAAAAGGAUGCUCGACAGAUCUACGGUCACCUCUCGAGUCCACCGAUGCCUGAAAGUGUCAGCAGUCCAAUCUCUGCGGUCCGAGGAGAGAGGCCCCAGACGUUCAUGGCUUUGUCCAGGAACCCUUCGUUCUCGUCGCGUUACUCUCCGCUCACUACUAGACCCAACUCGCCUACCUCGGAGACCUCUCAUGCGGUCUCACCUGUGGCAUUGGAAUCGAGUCAAUCUGCACCAGCACCUCAUUCGCUUGAGCUGACAUGCAGACAACGUGAGCCAGGACCAUCGCCAAUCGCUUCUGUCUUCGGCUUGAAUACUCUGCGCAAUCCUGCAGCUCAAAUGUCUGAGGCCGCAACUACCUCCCUACCAAGUGCCACAUUGCCUCCUGAAGCUACUCCUUCUCAUCCUGUUGACACCGGCAAGGCUGAUGAGCUUCAGAGUAUCUCGACGAGCGCUACUAGUCGACGGGAUGUGGAACGGGAGGAAAAAGACCGAGUGUUGAGGGAAUGGCUGAAGAGUAAGCCUAGGCGGGGUACAGGAGAGAACAUUGGCACGGUCAGCGUCACGCCUGCUGAAAAUGUCUUGAGCUCGAGCGGAGCUUGAGCGAUGCUGUAGAGAGUGAAAACAGCUGUGUAUGCUGUCAUCUUUAUUGUCAUCGUCUUGUCUAUCUGUCACGCUAUGCAUUCAUAUCGAGCUGUCGUCG